GGCUACCUCGCCUUUGCUUUCUGACGACGUUCUCUUGAAUUUCGAAAGAAAGUUCCUGCGAACCUCCUCUGCAAUAAAUUUUACAGCAAUCUCCAAAGUCAUCUGGCCAUCGAUUUGUUAUCUGUUCUUGUUCUGUAGUCCGUCUAUUUUCGUUUCGUUUUGUGUCUUUGUGUGUGUGAGUACUUUUAUUCUUUUCAGGUCUUUGAAGGAAGGAGGAAGUCAUGUUUCAGCCAGCGUUCUCCUACGAUGGCAACGUCCUGAGGUUGGGGGAUUCAACAAGAGCCAGAGCCUACACCAGACCAGAGGGAUUCAAGAUACGCCCAGCAGGAGAAGUCGAGAAGGAGGCCAAGAGGGAGGUCCAACGCCUAGGUGGAGACCCAAGUCAUCGUCUGUCUGUGCUGGCCUUCUCGAGAGUGCAGUUUGGCAAGUUCCCAGGACAGACCUUCAAGUGGCUGGUGGAGAAUGCCCUGGGAUGGUGUGCCAAGUUGGUAUGCAGCUUGGAGCGAACUGGGGAGGAGUUUGACCCAGAGAGUGACCAGUCUGUCAACAAGUUUGCCCUGAAGGAGUACCUCACAGCAUUUUCCGAAGGGCGUGCCGCUGUUGAGAAGAAGAGGAAUGAGGAAAGAAGAGAGAUGGGGAAGCGCCAGACAGCAGGAUGCAGCCAGAGUGUGAGUGGACGACCUCCAAUGACUGGAUCCAACAAAGAUCAAGAAGCCACUACAUCAGGAACAGUGACUUCAACUUGCCAAAGAGCAGUAGUAGAGGAAGAGGAUAAGACAGAGUACCUCCUGACUGAAGGAUGGAAGCAGACACUACCAUGUCAUGACCACGAGUGGGUGUCACAUGCUUUGUUCAAGGAAUCGGCCUGUGGGAAGCCUGAAUUCGACAUGCAGAGGAUAACCCAACUUUGGUUCUACCCACCUGAACCACAGUUCGUCCCAGGCCAAGCUCCCAAGCCAGCAUGUUACUUUGCAACCAAACUGCUGAUGUGGAUGCCCCACAAGCUUUGGGGAGUGAAGGUUCUUUGCCCCAACCAAGAAUGCAACGGUCAGGAGCUGUUAUCAGCCGGUGUCUACUCCCAUGUGCAACAGGUCAUGGACAUUGAUGGAUUCUACAACAUGGGUGCUGAGUACCUGGAAUGCAGAAGGUGUCACAAGAAGUUCAUCAGUUGGAGCAAGACCAUCCUAGACCAACUGGACACCGGUCCCCGGCUGUCAUUCCCGGUGGUGCUCACAUGCAGAGGUGCUUGUGACAAGAAAAUUGUCGUGAUGCUGCGAGACAGGACACUUGGCAACGGACCAUUCCAGAUGAUCGGCAAGCUGAAAGAGGUCCACACCGAUGCUUGGCUUGCAAAGACUGCCCACUAUUGCUCUGUGGUUGAGGAAUUCUUCAAUGCCAGUGAGAGGGGCCUCAUCGAUCAACCAAACUGCCCACCACCACCCGCAAUGCCUUCUCUUCCCACGUAUCAUUGGCUCCUCACGGUGUACUGCAACGAUGUGCUGGAGCGCAUUGAUGAAGUGAAGGCUAGCAUCACAUCUGUAUUCGGCCGUAUUCUGAAGAUUGACUCGUCCAAUAAGAUCACAAGGAAACUGAGAGGCGAGUCAGCAGGGACUGCUGCAUGGGCAACCAACGUCGGCAACGAGUCUGGACAAGUUCUGAUGUCCGUGAUGACUGUUGGUGAGGGAGCCGGUCUCGACGAAAUGAUCAAGGGCAUCCAGAGACGGUAUGCAGCAGCGGGCCAACCUAGACCAGAGCUUCUGUACGUGGACAGAGGCUGCUGUGGUGCGGACUCAAUGAUCUUCAGGGAGUGGCCAGACAUGCCUGUCCGACUCGACGUCUGGCACUUCAUGAGGAGGCUUGCUAGAGGAUGCAUCAGCACCAAACACCAGCUCUACCCGUUCUUUCUGAGACGGUUGUCAGCCUGCAUCUUUGCAUGGAGUGCAGAUGACCUGGAUCAACUCAUCGCUGCAAAGAGAGGUGAACUCAGGGACCAAGGCAUCGCUGAAACUUCUGAUGAGGUCAUCCUGAAGCACCUUGGAAAGAGCUCGAUUGCACGACACUGCAGACGAGUGACCAGAGGAACGGAGGAGACUACCCAACUCAUCGGAGAUCUCUUGGCUUCCUUGGAUGGCGAGAGAGGACAUAACACACACCGUGUUCCCCUCUUUGACUCCGACAGAGUGUGGGAGAUUUGGGACUCGGAGCAGAAGCACAUCGCUUGCAUCCAAGAUCCACCAGGGGUGCAGCUCUACACCAAGACAGGAGAGACGGUGAAGGGUGGCAUCACAUUGCCUGUGUACAGAUGUGCUAGAGGGUUGUCAUCGUUGGAGUCCUUCCAUCUUCACAUGAGCCGGUUCAUCCCUGGGAUAUCAGCCAACAAUGUCCACUUCCAGGCCUACCUUCUUGAGGGGGUACAUAGAUGGAACUGCGAUCGUGCAAGGGAUGUUGAAGCUGCCACUGCACCUUCCCACGUGUCAUAUGGCACCUACUAUGAGUUGGAUGUCAACCGGUUGACCGAGAAGCUUUUCGGAUGUAAGCUCAACCCUACAAUGACUGCACCCCUGGAAUACACAGGGGAGCUUAUCGGCCUGGAAUAUCUCUUCAAUCAGACCAACGAGGAGCUACUUUCCAUGCAUCCUGAUGAAGGCAUGGUCGAAGGAGAUGAUGAUGGCGAGGACGUAGGACGUUGGGAAGAAGAGGACGUAGAGGACCCGACUCAGCCACCCCCGGAGUUUGGAGUAAGGCCUGCUUCAUCCCAACGUUCCUCGACAGUGUCAAGCCAGCAACCAGGAGCACAGGACGUCAGCACAAAACCACGGACAGACAGAUCCCACACGCCCAAGGCACGUGCAACAGUAUCGCGUGCUCCAGAUUCACCACCGCCCACUUCCGCUGGGAUUGGGAGAAUAUCCACAGCACCUGCAACUGUCUCCCGGGCACCCGAUUCUCCAAGGGAUGACACACCAGAAAGUGGAACACUUGCUGGAGAUGAAGAAGUGAACAAUGUCGAAGAUGUAGAUCUUAGAGAAAAGUCUGAUGAGGAACACACAGGUCGCAGACUACUCAAACUGAGAGGUAAAGAUGAUCUGAAGAGCACCAGAGACAGCGCCAAAAAGAACCUAGAUCCGGCCUGUCAGCAAGAGAAAAUCACCAAAGGACGCUUCAAAGUCAGAGGCACACAAAGGCAUAAGCAGAGGUCCAGAGGUGAGGAGAGCAGUGCACAGGGAGCUUCAGCACCUAGACCUAGGAGGACUGCCCGCAGAUCUGUGCCGCCACCAAAGGAGAAACCACCUACCUCGCCACCACUUCCCAUCCAAAGGCCUGUCCAGUUCCCGACGAUUUCCAACACAGUCGGUCAGGCAACGAUGAAGGUACCAAUAGCACAACCAACAUUUGUUCUGCUUCCUGUAAUGGCCGUACCAUCAACCCGUGCAUCCACCCCUGCCCCAACUGAAGUCUCUGUCCCUGGAUUCCGGUCCAUCCAGCCCACACCUCCUAACUGGCGGCCCAGUGUACCACAACCGAGUCUACCACCAACUUCAUCACUCCCGAGGUCCACCCAUUACAACAGGAAGCGCAGAGCACAGCAACGACUCGAAGGACAGGUUUCUACCAAGGUUUACAAGCCCCGGAAAGGUCCGAUUGUAUGCAGCCAGUGUCAUCAACCAAGGGAUCAAGAGCAUCACACCCAAUAUUAUGGCAGCUGGUAUUGUGAUAGAUCCCAGAACCAACCCUUGGCUGAGUGGAAGACAAUGAUGUCAGAACGGCGACUAGCAAAGUUGAAAGCUGAGGAGAAGAAGGCCAAGAAGGACUAGAGCAAUGGUACAUGAGGAAGAAAUAUGUUCAUUAAGACGGCAGGGAACAACUUCAAAUCUCAAAACUUUUGAAAGACAGUGUGUGGCCAGCAUGGACAUUUUGCUACAAUAAUACAGUACCGCCACUUUAUUUUCGGGUCACUGGCAACUAAACCAACGCCACCAACUGGAAGCAUCUAUGCCUGUGGGAAAGGGAAUUAAAACCUCAUUCAGGAUGUAAAACAACACCUGUUUAUAGAGUGAUCACAAGUAGGAGGGCAGCUAUUUAUAAUAUGAAUCGUUGCACCAGUCAGGCAUGAAUGGCAUCAAUUUUAUAGAUUUAAAAGGACACACCUUUGAGAAACCGGGAGGAAUCGGAAGAUAUCAGAUUCGAGUAUAGAGAAAACAAAAUCAUAUUGCAGGAGGACUGUGGACAGCUUCAUAGUUAAUUACAUCAGAACAGAUAAAAAAGGGUCAUACAUUCAUUGAAAAAUAAGGACAGGAUUUCCAGUGAAAGCCAUGUGGAAGAUACAGAAUAGAGGAAGCAUAUUACAGAAUGACAACACUGGCAGCAAAUUAGCAAAGAUCAAGUGGAGUGUAGCGAGUAUUUCAGCAAUUUUGAAAACAAUGCAUUCAAUAUGACAACUACAAAAGCAGAAGUGAUACUUCAACAGUUUCUGAGAAAUGGACUGACAGAUUAUAGGCUAACAUCUGAUAGAAACUCAUUUUCACCGCCACAAAGUACCCCCGAGGAGCUCUGGUUCUUGUAAUCAUUGAGCAUCUCGAGUGGUGACUCAAGUUAUAUCGACAUUCACAACGUCUCGGUGCUAUAGUACGAUAUCCAUGAUGGAUAAGCAUUGAGGACUUAGUGGAAUGUACAACAGACUUCUCUCAAAAUUAAACAUAAAAAUGAAUGUUGGAUGGGAUACAACACAGUACUGUACCUUAGACAAGCAACCCCUAAGGUGACUAAUUUCUUUCGAUCAUUCACGGGUAUCCUUGUGAAGUUCCAUAUUAAAUAUGUUGAGCAUCACUUGCGAUGACCUGUUGGAAUGGUCUCUUAGAACUAGUGUGAUAAUGUCAACUAGUUUUGGUUUUUAA